GAGUCUUACCCAAUUUCUUCUACAUUGCUUAUUUUUGAGAAGACUGUCUUUGUCCAAACCUUAAAGGAUCUAACUGUCCACACUUUCCUCAGAUAUAAGCUUGUGGACAGCAAAGGAGUUUUUAACUUUCACAACAAUGACAGGCAUAAUAAACUGCAUCGUCUAUUGGUUUAUGGACAGUUCUCUGCAUAGUCACUUCUUCCUCAAAAACUCAUGUGCAGGUAAUGUGAGAUCCUUCUGAUGUAGAAGUGGGAUGUACAGUUGCACAAGCAGCACGACACAAAAGAAGAGGUGGGAUCUGAACUUCAUGUAAGGAUUUAAAAGGUGCUUCAAGCACCUCAGCUCAGUUUCAAAGGCCAGCCUCAGUAACUCUGACUGUGACCCACUCUCUCUGUAAGUACUAGAAUGGCAAUGAUCUGUUUUUAAAAGUGUUGCUGUGCUUCUUAAGAUGCAUUAUUUAUGGGGUGUUUCACUGAAAUGGCAGGUGGAGAUGACUGCACAAAACACCAGCCUGGAGUCCACAGAAGUGUCCUCAAACGACAGCACUUGCGAUGUGUUCGUCUACCAAAAAGCGGCAGUGGUCCUCUUCCCUAUUUUCUACUCCGUGGUUUUCACCAUCAGUGUGUGCGGCAACAGCUUAGUUCUCUAUGUCAUCUGCCAGAGGAAGCAGAAGUUCAACUCGACAUCCAUGUAUUUGGUCAAUCUUGCGCUAUCUGACGCUCUGUUCACGCUGGCGCUGCCGGGAAGGAUUACCUACUACAUCCGCCACUUUGAUUGGCCUUUUGGGGAUCUUGUUUGCAGACUGACCACACUUCUCUUUUUUGCAAAUACCUAUGCAGGAAUUGGCUUUAUGACCUGUAUCAGCUUGGACCGAUACCUAGCCAUGGUGCAUCCAAACAGGCUGCAGAGCUUGCGCAGCGCCAAAGUCGUCCGUCGGGUUUGCUGUCUGGUCUGGGUUAUCGUAUUCGUGGAGACCGUUCCCCUGCUGUUCCGCAGCACGCUGCACGUCCGGCAGGACAAGCGAACCUGCAUGGAGUACUUGAACUUGGAGGGGUCCCGUUACACCCCCUACCUCCUGAUUCUUGCCUGCGCCGCCUCCUUCUGCUGCCCGCUCACCAUCAUCCUGGGCUGCUACGCCAAGAUCAACCUCCUGCUCCGAGAUGCGGCCAAGCAGAACUCCAUCACGGGGCGGACAAAGAGAAACCAUCGAGCCAACAUGAUCAUCCUCCUCAUCCUCAUCUCGUUUGUCAUCUGCUUCAGCCCGUACCACGUCAACAUAAUACAGUUUAUGCUCAGGAAGCUGCACCAUGAGCCAAGCUGUGAAGAACUGAGAGCCUUCAAAAUGUCACUACAGAUUACAGUUUCUCUGAUGAACAUCAACUGCUGCCUGGAUCCAGUCAUCUACUUCUUUGCCAUAAAGACCUACAAGAGGCGGGUGAUGAGUCUCUUCAAGGACUACGUUUGCAAUUCUGUCACCACCUCCAAAAUGAUCGCUGAGAAUAGCAACAGCAACACCUGAGAGAAACCACAGCUGCUGAGGACAAAAAAAAAAAUGUCACAGAGACCUAGUUUCACUGGUAACCUCACUGAGACAAGUUUUCUCUUUCUGAGAGUGAAAAUUAUUUCAUAACAAAUAGAGGAAAUUUGAACAGAACUUCUCAACUUUAGAUGAACCGUUUGUUAACCGAAAUCUUACAAUUUACAAUCUAUGCGAGGAAGUGUUGUUGUUUGAAUUGUGUAUAUUUACUUUUACAGACUUGUUAAUACUUUAUUUUAUAAUAAUUUUCUAUUUUUUUUUUUUUAUAAAGAAAUGUGUCGGUAAAUUUGUCUGGCAGUUUAUUUCACCCAUUAAUCAAACUGAUUUUCACUUCUCAAUUGACCAUUCAAUUUACAUUUUGAUCAAACAAUUAAAAAAAAUGCAUUUAGCAGUUUAGAACUCAAUGUGAAAAAAAAA